AUGAUAGGCGACGUCUUCCCCCGACUUGAGGCAACGACGCCACGAAUCCGCAAACAGAUCGAGACAGGGAGAGAAGGGGAAAGGGAGAAGGCGCUGCUGUCGCCGCAUGAACAGUCACAACCACAGUCACAGAUACCUACCACAGAACCUGCCCUAACUGUGCAUAUCGAUAUCCGCUUCACAGACCCGACCUUCCCCCGGUCCCGCUACGCCCGCACCUACGACAGCUCAUCCACGCUGCGUGCCACACCGCGUCUAUGCCGCGGGCUGGUCCGGCGCAUCGAGCGGUGCGCCGAAGAGUUCAUCACGCGCAAGGACUCGGGCGCACUGGACAUGGACGAGGAGUACGGGUACGAGCGCAAGCCGCAGCGGUUCGAGAUGACGUUUCGGGUUAUGCGCAGGAGCGGGAAGGGUAAAUGGGCGGAUACGGAACGGACCUAUCGGUCGUACCAGAAGCAGACGCUCACGACGGCGCAGACGAAAGAGGUCGCGCUGGCGGUGCAUCGAAUGGUCGGGUUGUUUCUGCGACGGCAUGAUGAGGGCUUUCGGUGGGUGGACUGUCCGGCGCCGGACGACGACGCUGACAUCAUGGGACCCGGAACGGAGGUGGGGACCGGGAAAGGGGCUAGCGAGGGCGGUAGGCCGAGGUCGCUUCGGGAUGGUUCACUGUCGGUAUCGGCCGUGCCGGGGACGCGGUUUGUCGAAGCGACGCAGUCGUACGAGUUUGUGCCGGGGUAUACCGUCGACCUGGAUUUCCGCCGCAUGAACACCAGUCCUAGCUCACAAUCACAGGGAUGGUCAUCUUCGUCGUUGUCGUUGUCGUCGCCGUCGUCGAGCCGUCGUAUCCAGAUCGCGAGCGCCCAGACCACACCAUUGACGGUGGCCAUGGCUGAGGACCUGCUGUGGAAUGGGCUUCAAUUUGUGAACCAGCGUCUGGACUCGAAGAAGCGGGAACUCGACGACCGUUCCUGGGAUCAGCAGCAUUCAAGGGCGGUCAGCACGUUAGACUCUGGGCCGGACACGCUCGAGCUGAGCCUGCGCGUGUCCAACAACCUGGGACCUACCUUUACCCACACCCACCGUACCAUCCACAGCAAACUCCCCCUCUUCAGUAACACCCACAACAGCGGGGAUGACGACCAUAACAACAACCAUGAAUGCGAACACUUCCUUACCACACUGCAGGCGCACCUCUCCCAUCUCCGCAACGAAACCGACGCCACGCUCAACACGCUCAACGACUUCGAGUUUCGCGUCGUCGAGCUCCAGGGUGUCGACUGGACCCUCCACAACCCACCCACCCUGACCUUCACACUCGGCCCAGCAGCUUCCUAUGGUCGUCGCACAAUCCACGCAGCGCUAGACCGGCUACAGACGGGUGUUGGCGAUGUGCUCCGGGGGCAUAACCUGGCGAUCCAUAUCCGCGCGACUAAGAGGGGCCAUGUGGUGUUGGACAAGGCGAUUGUGGCGCAUGAGAAGAAGCGGGGGGUGAAGUAUUCGGCCGGAGUAGAGGGAGGUUUCGGUUUGUUGUCGUCGACUUCGUCUUCGUCGUCGCCUUCGUCACGGUCGCGUGAGGAUGCGCAGAGGGCGUUUGUGGCGCGGUUGAGGGAGCGAAUCCAGGCGGAUCUAGACCGAGUCUUUGAGGACUCGUGCAAUAUCGACGAUCUGCCGGAUGAGGAGGACGACCAGGGAGAAGAAGACCACCACAACUGCACCACUGACCGGCCGGUCACGCCACACCAACCCGAUCAAGUUAACUUUGUGGGCGGUUCGCCCGCAUCACCAUCCCCAUUAGGUCGGCCGCGCACACCGAGGGUGUUUCUCCUGUCUGGGCAGUCCAUCGAGUCGCUGGGGUCGGUUGAUUAUCUCAGGGCAACAGCCGCUGCAGCUCUGGCCUCUGCGUCAGCACCACCAUCUCCCGCGAGUGGGAGUAAGGAUAGCAGCAGGCCAGGCACCCCCGGGCUACGGGCUGCGCCCGAAAUCAAGCCACAACGAUCGUUCUCGCUAGUAUCGCGCCAGAAGUCGUCCGGGUUGCUGUCAGCGCGCUCGGCGUCGAUGUUGUCUUCGCGUGCCCGUGUAAGCGAAGCAUCGACCUUGAUCGAGAAAAACCAGGAAGAAGGGUUGAAUGUGGCCGCUACAUCAGACGAUAACCGGGAUGGUAAAGGUGCUGGUGCUGCCGGAUCGAUGACGUCGGGCGAAGAGGCGAGGGUUCGCUCAGGGGAACUCCCUGUGGCGCAUCAGAGCUCUACUUCCGACCCCGCGAUGAAGCCCAAAGGAAUUGUCAAAACCGACGACAUCGCGGGUGAAACACCCCCCUCGACGUCCGCUUCCACUUCCAUCAACACGCCCACCAAAAACCCACGCAGGAUGGACACGCCCGGCCCGUACGUUGAUGCUCGCGAGUACUUCGCGCCGAGCCCGUCACCGGCGCGGACGCCCAGGUCGGAAGAUGUGCUCAAAGCCGAUCUCGCCAGCACGCUCGCGAAUGCUGAUGGUUCCAAUCCUCGCAGGGCUGCGAUGAGCCCGCGAGAGGAUGAUGAGUUUUCCACAGCACCAUCAACACCAGAGCUGAGCACGAGCGGGUCCUCGCCACGCCAUAGCGUGCUAAUCACGCCG